AAGAAAUCUCAACCCAUACGAAGAUGUCGGAGGCCCUAGUGGCGCUGGUGCGCGUCAAGAAGCGCGAUGGACGCGCCGAAUUCUCGCUUAAAGGCCUGCGUUGGACAGCUGAUGCGUCUCCUGGGGCGUCCGUCGCUCAGCACCCGCCCAUCGUCGUGCCAUGGAGCACUGUGCAGGACCAGCAGGUGUCGUCGCUCUCGAGUCCCAAAGCCAUGAUCCGUCUGCGCCUCGCACACAACUCGACUCUCGUGUUCGAGUUCGUCGCCGAGUCUGGCAGCCUGGAGGAUGCCUUCGAGGUGCGCGAGCAGGCCAAAGAUUUUAUCGCUCGCCGGCUGCGCGAGAACGGAGCCAGUGGCACUCGCUCCAAUGCCGCGGCGCUGUGCAACCCCACGGAGAUCAAGCAACGCGCGGCGCUUCUGGCUGCCAACCCGGCGCUAAAACGGCAGCACACUGAGAUGGUGAAUGAUGGUCUCAUCUCGGAGGAGGAUUUCUGGGCGAGCCGCCGUCACUUGAUCGCUGGAGAGGCCAGUAAACGACAGAAAACAGGCAAGACGUCGGCGAUCCUGACGGACUUGGCAGCGGAUAAUGACUCGGGUGGUAACGUGGUCAAGUACAACUUGAACGCGGAAGUGAUCCACCAGAUUUUCAUUCAGUAUCCAGCCGUUUACAGAGCCUACCAGGGACAAGUACCCGACAAGAUGACUGAGACGGAGUUUUGGGGAGCAUUCUUCAAGUCCAAGUACUUCCAUCGAGACAGGAAGGCUGGACACGAAGAUAUGUUCACCAAGUAUGAGGAGAAGGAGAAACAGGAGGCCAAGGGGGUGAGCAUCGACCCACGCGGAAUUGUUGACCCGUUGAUUGAUCUCACGACAACUGAAGAAGAUGCGGCGGUGCAUCAUGCCAAAAGACACACUACUGAGAAAGAAAACCCGUCCAGCAUUACUAUUGCUAAGUUUAACCGCCAUGGUGCCUACGUGCUCGAUCCAGCACAUGCAGGGAAGCUACAACAGCAAAAGACUGGGAAAAAUAAUACACAGCAGACGCUGCCCCAGAAGAAGAAAGCAUGUUAUCACGACAAUUUAGAGGACGCAACGCUGCUGGACGAUCUUCAGGACAAGGCGCCGCCCCCAUACAACCCACUUACGUUGGAAGAUGAAUCGAGGUACUUCCAACACGCCGAGAAGGGUACUGCUGCUGACGGCACAACAAACAAGCUGUCCCUAGUGGAGGCAGCACAAGUGUUCCAGGCGACGUGCAAGGCCCCAAUCAAGCUGGAGAAUGCGUACCCGACUUCUAAGACGUGCUUUAACGUUCUUGCUGAAGUUGUAGCGUGCUCAGACUCCACUAGCGAUUCAGCUUCAGCGUCGUCAGCUGCGAAUCUGGCGAGCGGUGCAUUGGCUGCUGAGUACAUCCCGAACGAGUUCAAGAAGCAGGUCUACAACCAAUUCCAUGACGUCUGUGAACUGCUGAGGCACUUCCUCUCGUUUAAGGCUAAGGUGGCGGAAGGUGGUGGCCCAGAAGCCCAGCACAAGCUUAACAAGAUCGUGGAGAAGAUGGGGUCCAAGUAUGACGAAUUGGUGAAGCUGCGCGAAUCGCUGCCACCUCACGAGAAGAAUCUGUUGGCUCCACUACUCAAGCCUUUCGAUGACCAGCUCAACCUGGCCUUUAUUUAAGCUUCUUUACCGUACAGACAAGACGAGCAGCAACAGCAACAACAGCAACUUCGUCAAGACCGUAAUGCAAUAUUUGCAUUAAGAAAUACACCGAUAGAGUUUUUGUGAAA